AUGCUGCAGCUCGGCCGCCGCCUCGCAUACCACGGCCUCCGCCUCGCAUACCACGGCCUCCGCCCCAGGCUCGUCACCACGUGCCACCUCCUCGCCACCGUCCCGCCCCCUUUGCCCCCUUCCGCGUCGCUGCCAUCUCCGACGGCUUCGACGAUGGCGGCAUGGCAGCCCUGCGCGGUGGACGUCGUCUACGGGGAGGUCUACGCGGGCUGCGUCGGCCUGCCGGUCGUGGACGGGAGCGCGCUCCGGGGCGUGCUGAGCGUCGACCUGGGGCCGGAGGACGUGCCGUCGUUCGUGGCGGCGCCGGAGUCGUACUGUGUGUUCGAUGGGUUGGAGGACGCCGACGACGUGUUCGUCAACUCGUUCCAUGAGCUCGAGACCAAGUCAGAAGUAUUGGCUCCUGCUGUGAAAGGUACUUCAAAUGUGCUAAAGGCUUGCUCGGCUAUGAAGGUUCAGAAGAUUUUGCUAUUCGCUGUUGCAAAGGAGUCCUCGAACUUCCUGCCCAUCUUGAAGGAAACAGCAAAAUCAUUCAAGGGAAAGCUUUUAUUUGUUUUUGUGGAGGGUGACAAUGAGGAAGUUGGUGAACCUGUUGCCAAUUACUUUGGAAUUACUGGACAAGAGACCACGGUUCUUGCUUACACUGGGAAUGAAGACGCUAAGAAGUUUUUCUUCAGUGGUGAAAUAUCACUGGACAACAUUAAGGUUGCUGGAGAUGAUGGCAAUGUUGGUUGAGUACUUGGAUGUCUCCAAGAACUUAAUAAGUCGAAAAGGGAACCAGUUCCUCCCACAGGAAUCAUUCCACUUGGGACAUGAAAUGACCUCGCUAGAUCAUUUGGAUGGGGUGGCUCUUUCCCCUUCGUUGGCGUUCAGCUGUAAAGCGAUAUCUCAAGAAGGCCGUUUCUGCUUCGGCCGUCCAUCUUGAUAGGUACUCAACCUAUUAAUGCACAUGGACGUGAUGACUCUCUAGCGUUUAUGGAUCAACCAACCUGUAAUCAUGGACCUUAUUGUCUUGUAGACCAUUUGGUGUUUCGAGUGUUUUGGAGCUUGCACUUUGUACAUGUAGAUACAAACUUAUGUUUUCUGGACCAUCUGAAGUCUCUCAUAGUAACCAAUAGUCCUUAUCUUUUUGUGACUUGUGUGUUCUAGAUGAUUGUUAAGAUGGUCAAAACUAUGCUUCCUCUAGGUUAAUUUGUUUGUCAA